AUGUCCGCCUCCGGAGAUGGAGGCCAGGCCCCGGGUGGCCAGGAGAGCCCCAUGGAUGAGGAUGAGGCGGGGGCCCCGGCGGCCGGAGGGGGCAACGAGGUGGCCGGCGGCGAGGCGGGGGCCGGCAGGGAUGGAGUAGCCAGGGGCGAUGGGGUGGCCGCUGGAGACGGAGUGGCUGGUGGCGAUGGGAUGGCCGGAGACGAAGCGGUCGGUGGCGACGGGGUGGCCGGAGACAGAGAACGGGUGGCUGGAGACGGAGAGGCAGUGGCCGGAGAUGGAGACUGGGAGGCCGGAGACGAGGACAGAGUGGCCGGCGGGGAUCGGGUGGGUGGGGGUGGAGUGGCCGGCGGAGCAUGGGUGGCCGGAGAUGGAGACUGGGAGGCCGAAGACGAAGACAGAGUGGCCGGCGGGGAUUGGGUGGGUGGGGGUGGAGUGGCCGGCAGAGACUGGGCGGCCGGCGGAAACUGGGGGGCCGGAGAUGGAGAGGCCGGCGGAGACGGGGUGGCCGGAAACGAAGUGGCCGGCGGAGACUGGGUGGUCGGAGCAGGAGUGGCCGGUGGAGACGAGGUGGCCAGAGGUGGAGACGGAGGGGCCGGAGGCGGAGACGGAGACGGAGGGGCCGGAGGCGGAGACGUGGUGGCCAUGGGCAACAGAGUGGCCGGAGGCGGAGUGGCCGGAGGCGGAGACGGAGCGGCUGGAGACGGAGUGGCCGGUGGUGGAGACAUGAUGGCCAUGGGCGACAGAGAGGCCGGCGGCGGAGACGGAGCGGCCGGCGGCGGAGACGGAGCGGCCGAUGGAGGAGACGCAGCGGCCGAUGGCGGAGACCGAGUGGCUGGAAACGGAGUGGCCGGUGGUGGAGACGGAGCGGCCGAUGGAGGAGACGGAGCAGCCGGUGGCGGAGACAGAGCGGCCGAUGGCGGAGACGGAGUGGCUGGAGACGGAGUGGCCGGUGGUGGAGACAUGAUGGCCAUGGGCAACGGAGUGGCCGGCGGUGGAGACGGAGCGGCCGGCGGCGGGGACGGAGCGGCCGAUGGCGGAGACGGAGCGGCCGGCGGCGGAGACGGAGCGGCCGGGGACUCCGGGCCCCACCCUGCCGAGGCUGCCGUUUUGGCCGCGCCUCCGGAAGGCCUCGGGGAGGAGGCGGUGGGCCCCGAGGGCGGGAACGCCUUCGAGGCUGGCGAGGACUCGGACUUCGGGCCGGCAGACGAGGACGAGGACGGGGCGGAAGAGCCGGAGGCCGCCGGGGACGGAAUUGUGGACGCCCACCAUUUCCCAAUGGUGGGCUUCCGCUUUACAUUCCUGGACCUGGUGCAUUCACUGCUACACCUCGUCCACUACAACAACCACAUCCUCGUGCGGCCCGGGCCUCUGCAGCUCAACGUUCCCCCUGCGCCCCCAGCGGCGACCGCGGCCCACGAGGCCCAGGGCUCGUCGUCAUCGUCGUCGCCGUCGUCGUCGUCGGAGGCUACCUGGGAGACCGCGGAGGAGCCUGACAAGGAGGAGCCGGCGGCCACAGAGGGAACAACAAACUAUCAGCAGGAAAACUCUGAUAAGGAGGCGCAAGUCUCGGAGAGCGGGGAAGAAGAGACGUCUAACAAACAACAAGAAGGAUCUCACUGAAAAGCAUUUGGACCCACCACAGAACAGGCCCCAAAAAUCCAGCUGGGAGGAACAAAACGAGAUGAAGAAAGAACAAAGAACCUGUUCAUUGUUUCUGGUUUCUCAUUUUCUAGAAGCGCAUGGGAAUUUUAUUAACACUGACGUCAUUCCAAACCACAUCCCCCAAAGAGUGACAUC